AUGGCUUCAUGUGCACCUUCAACAUCAAAUAAUUCAUUAAAAACUGUUGAGUGGAUGUGGCAGUCUAAUCCAAAUCCUUAUUUGAAAUCUGAAGAAGCUAUAUGGAGUCAUUAUUCUGAUUUAGAAAAUUUAAUCAUCGAAGAAGCCUUUCAAGAUAAACAAUCACGAGCUCAACUCGAUGAUUAUUAUAUUGAUUUCAAAACGAAUCGCCAAAUAUUGAAUAGUGAUGAUUACAAACAACGGCCUAUUAAACGUGUAGUUCGUAAAAGAGAAGACAAACAUUUAAGAGAAGCACGUUUUAUGGAUCUUCCUGUUAGUUCGGGACGUUCAUUUGGUGGUGAAUAUGGCUGGGUGUCACCAUUUGUAAUUGCAGUUCGAAGAAACAUGAGCCUUAAAACAGAUGAAUUACCUUCGAAAAAACCAAACAUGAUCCCAAUGCUUGUCGAAAAAGCUGCUCGUGGUAUUAUUGAAGAAGGAAAACACAUUCGAAAAGAACGAGAAGCCGAACAAUUAGCUAAAAUGCUUAGAGAAAAGAAGAACAUGGGAAUCGAGGAAGUAUGGAAAUGUUGUAUUUAUCUUUAUUCCUUAGAAAGUUUCUUGUAUAAAACUUUGAAUGCAGCGAUGAGAUUAGUAGGUGAUCAAGAACAAGAACAAGCAUGGAGAAGUAAAGUUCGUACAUUAGGUCCAUUUUGUUUAUUACUCUGGGAUGAUCCAUUUAAUACAAAAGCUACAACCAAAAAGACACUUUAUCGCGGAGCCACUCUAACUGAAGAACAGAUUGCUAAAUAUGAAGAAAUGGCUAAAGAUGACAAGGCAUAUGGGUCAUUUCAAGCAUAUACAUCUACUAGUCGAAAUCGUGAAGAAGCAGAAAAAUUUGGAAAUACUUUAUUCAUUAUGGAAGUAUUGUAUGCUUUUAUUGCCGACCUCAGUGAAAUAUCUGAAUAUCCUAAAGAAGCAGAAGAACUUGUUACACCAGGCGUUUGUUUCAGUGUGGAAAGUGUUGAGUUCGAUCUGACACAAGAACAGGACCUUCCAAACACAAAUAAACCAAAACAAAACCAGGAUGAAUAUGACUAUAAUCUUAAUCUUGAUAAUCUUGAUUAUGUUUAUUAUGGUGACGGUGAUGAUGUUGAUGUUUAUGAUCGUUAUAAUCUUUAUCAUGAUGGUUAUAGUGGUUAUGAUCGUGAUGGUAACAAUAUAGAAAAUAGAGAUGACGAUGAAGCGUAG